AUGUGGGGUACAAUCGCCAACUUCAAGGAAAAUUUGAACAAGAUCGCACUCGACGUUCACUACGACCACGACGAAUACGACGCCAUCAGCCCCGCCGUCUCCGAUCGCCGCAAUUCUCACUCCUUCGCGCAUUCCAAUUCUCUUCCCAGCUCUCCGCCGCCCAACGGAAUGUCCGAUCACCCCUACGCUUCUGAGUUAAUGAAUCGCGGGUAUUUCGUAUUUUGGAUUGAGACCGGAAGCAGGAUAGCUGCAAAACGUUGCGUUCAAUUUAGGAGUGGUGUCACUGAACCUAGGUGUGAGAAUAUUGGCCAUGAUUCCCUGCUUCAUGUCUACGUUGUGGUCUGUCUGGUGUUGGAAGAUUCACGAUGUACAUUUGAGGUCCAGAAGAUGGAUCCUUUGGUCAUUAAAUCAAUCCAUUGGCUUUCUUGCCAAACUGGACCCAAAUUUGCCCGAGAGGGUCGAGAACAAAUAGAACAAUAUAAGGCAGAAAUCAAGAGACUUCAGGCUUCUGAGGCAGAAAUUAAAGCACUAUCUGUUAAUUAUGCAGCUCUAUUAAAAGAAAAAGAGGAUCAUAUUGUUAGAUUGAAUAAAGAAAAUGGCUCAUUAAAACAGAGUUUGGAUACAAUCCCAGUAUCUACAAAUGGCGCAUACACAGUCAUGUGGAAGGAGAUGUAUGUGAAGAAUUUUUUUGGGAGGCAGGGGAGGGAUGGUGAAACGAUGGGAAAUAGUGACCAAUCAUCAAAUCGACAGCAUAGGUUCACAACUCAAAUGAAAAAUCAUUUUGCUGCAAACAAUGGAAGCACAUCUUCUUUGGAAUCCAAUGCUAUUGAAAGUAAGAUGGUAUCUAAACAUUCAAACUCACAAGUAGAGGACAAGGAGCUAGCAGAUAUGGUAGAGGGAAAAAGUAGCCUCUCAGCAGCAGUACAACAUUCACAUGAGAUACAGAAAAUGAAGUUGGAACUAGAGCAAGAACACAAAAAAUUGGCAGAUAUUCAGCUUAAAUUCCAAGAGGAAGAUAAAUUGAACAAGUCUUUCCAAGAGGAGUUGAAAUUAUUAAAGUUGGAAAGAGACAAAACAACAAAUGAGAUAAGCAAAUUACACAAUGAUUUGAAUGGGAAAAUAUCAGAAAUAAAUCGUCUGCAAACGGAGUUGAAUAGAUGGGAAGAUGAAGAAGCCAGUGAUGCUGUGGAUAGCUUCAGGAGACUAAUUGAGACUUUGGAGAAGGAAAACACUACUCUUAAGUUGGAAAAGGAUGAACUUGAGGCUGCACUCAAAUCAAGUAGGAUUUCUGGUAAAAUGUCACCUGAUGCUUCUCAGAUUCAGAAAUGGGAUCCAAGCUGUAACAAUCAUUUACCAGACCCUUCCGAAAGUUUUCCAGGGAAAGAGUUGGAAAGAUCCUUACAUAAGCUAAGUAAAGAACUGGAGGAAACUCAAAAGGAGAGGGACAAAGCAGUACAACAAUUGACCCGUCUUAAACAGCAUUUGUUAGAAAAGGAAUCUGAAGAAUCAGAAAAAAUGGACGAGGAUAGCAAAAUCAUUGAAGAGCUUCGUGAUAGCAAUAAUUAUUUAAGGGCUCAAAUAUCGCAUCUUGAGAGAUCUCUGAAACAGGCAACUGUGAGUCAGGAGAAACUGAAGAUGGCAAAUGACAAUGAAAUUCUUAGAUCCAAGGAAAUCAUUGAUGACUUGAACAAGAAGCUUACUGACUGUAUGAGCACAAUAGAUGCUAAGAAUACUGAACUUUUAAAUCUACAAACAGCUCUUGGACAAUAUUAUGCCGAAAUUGAAGCUAAGGUUACUUUUAAUUUUUAUUUAGAAAGUAAUAUGCAAUAA